GGCAGUAGCAGCAGCGGGGCUCCGAGGAAGGGACCGGGGGUUAGUCCACUGCAGCGGAUCCAGCGGCUCUCGCUCUCUUCGCCGGACUCUAAAACAUUCAAGACCAAAACAUGGCAGAAGUGGCAACUGAUGCACAGCAGAAUGUGGUUUCCAGGGUUGCCAACCUUCCCCUGGUGAGUUCCACCUAUGACAUGGUCUCCUCUGCUUAUGUCAACACAAAAGAUAACCAUCCCUACCUGAAAUCUGUAUGUGAGAUUGCGGAGAAAGGAGUGAAGACCAUCACUGCAGUGGCCAUGACCAGUGCUCUGCCUAUCAUCCAAAAGCUGGAGCCACAAAUUGCCGUUGCCAACAGCUAUGCUUGUAUAGGACUUGACAAAGUUGAAGAGAGGCUGCCUAUACUCUAUCAACCGACUGAUAAGGUAGUUGCUAAUGCAAUGGAUGUAGUUGUUGGUGCAAAAGAUGUUGUAACAACUACUGUGACUGGUGCCAAGGAUACUGUUACACAUACUAUUAAUGGUGUUGUUGACAAGACAAAAGGAGCAGUGCAGGACAGUGUGGAACUGACCAAGCUGGUUGUCAAUGGCAGCAUCAACACUGUUCUGGGAAGUCGGGUGGUGCGUCUGGUGACCAGUGGAGUGGAUACUGCACUCAGCAGAUCAGAAACUCUGGUAGACCAGUACCUCCCACUUACAGAAGAAGAGCUAAAAAAAGAAGCUACAAAAGUGGAAGGAUUUGAAGUUGGAGUUCAGAAGCCAAGUUACUAUGUUAGACUAGGAUCUUUGUCUUCAAAGGUCCGAUCACGUGCCUACCAACAGGCCUUAAACAAAGUUAGAGAUGCUAAGCUCAGAAGCCAAGAGACAAUUUCUCAACUCAAUUACACAGUUAAUCUGAUUGAAUAUGCCAGAAAGAAUAUAAAUAGUGCCAACCAAAAACUCCAAGAUGCCCAACAGAAGCUGUAUAAUUCCUGGGUGGAAUGGAAGAAAAACACAGGCCAAAAUGAUGAGGAUGACUUGAACAGUGCUGAGUACAUCGAAUCACGCACGCUGUCAAUCGCGCAGAAUCUGACCCAGCAGCUUCAAACCACCUGCCUCACCCUGGUGUCGAGUAUACAGGGCUUGCCACAGAACAUCCAGGACCAGGUUCACCACAUUGGGGAAAUGGCAGCCGAAGUCUACCGAAGCUUCCGCUCGACAUCUUCUUUCCGAGAAGUGUCUGACAACCUUAUUGUCACCAGUAAAGGGCAGCUCAAGAAAAUGAAGGAAUCGUUGGAUGACGUGAUGGAUUAUCUUGUAAACAACACGCCACUCAACUGGCUGGUUCCAGAUUUCACCAUCACAGACUUGUCUUCAGAAUCUGAUGAGAUACCAGACAUCUUGGCUUUGGACGAGGAAGGGCAGCCUGACUAUUCACGCACAAAUGGUCCAAUCACCACAGGACAAAGAGCUGAAUAGGCACCGAGAGCACAAAAAAACCCUAUAUCUAUAAUCCAUACACUUUUUUGCUAAUUUAUUCUCCUUCUGCUUUUUUGGAAUGGAAAUAACCUCGCUCUUGGGGAUUACAGGGUUUUAUCCCUUUUGUUUCAUUUAGAUCAAUUAAAAUUCUGACUUUUUAUCAUUUAUUAUGGAACACACACUAGCUUAAUGUUUUAGCAUGGGUGACAGGCCUCUGGGUCAGACAAAUGUGUUCAACCAGUCUUAAAGAGCUAUUUAAGACUAUACCAGAAAUUUGACCCACAACAGCUUUAGAAACAACAGCCCUACUACAAUACAUGGAAGCCUGUUUCUGAGAAGAUUUGCUGCCUGAAGUUUCCUUCUUCUGUACUGCUACAUCUCUACAUCUUUACUUGCCAGGAAGAAAAACAAGCUAAGAACUUAACAUUCUCCAACUACUUUGGUUUCAUUGUAAAGUGUCUGCAUAACUGUGUGUACUAAGCUUUUAAAACAAUUCCCCUUUGGGCUCUUAUAGCAAUGGGAUGACUGACUUUCUCUUCUGAUAAUUUCAUGCUUUGGCAAAGCUCUAGCCAAGUUCUUACUGAAGUAAUAAACAUGUGCUUGGACUGUACCAUUUCAGACUUUAGGUGGAAUAUUACAUAAUUCCACGCUCCUCCAUACAAAGCAAUUCUACACACAUGGAAAACAAACAUGCCAGGUAGAAGGUUAGACUAGAACUCUUUCCCCCACUCAUGUAAUUACCUAUGUGAAGGAUCAUUUUUAUAUAUGUGCAAGAACAUUCAAUGAUGUGAAUCCCUGUCCGCAGGCGGAAGUGAUACAACCCAGACACAGGUUUACCAUCUUGGUAACAAUUUGGCUUGCCUCCCACAACCCAGUACCAUCUAGAAGUUUUGGACGUCAACUCCCAUCAACCCUAGCCACCAAAGUCAAUAGUCAAAGUCCAGGAUUUGUAGUCUAAAACACCUAGGGUAUAGACAAUAGCAUGGAGUUUGAAGAGGACAAAUGUGAAAAAAAGAGAGCCCAAUGCACCUAUGAAUUGCAAAGUGGAAAACUGGCAACAGAAAGUGGUGGAAGGGGGGAGGUCAGGGAGUGAGAGAAAACGGAACAAUUGUGCAUACAAUGAUGUGGAAGUGAAAAAGAGAAGAAAGAACAUAAACAAGAUAAAGAAAGUUACAACAUGAAGCAAUGUUCCCAGUCAUCCCACAUUUGUUUCAACAGGGUUUGUAUAGUUGCUGUAGUUUGCCAACAAGCAGAUCCUGUAUUUCUUGAUGCUGGUCAGAAGCCUCAGGGGAAGCUCUAAUUAAAAACUAGAAAUGAAGAAUCCGACUUACUUGAUUGAAUGCUAUCAUUGAAGGUCUGCACCAUUUUUUUAAUUUAUUUUUUGCUUGGAUGCCCCUUUAACAUCAUUGGCAGUUUUAUUUGUAUUUGCUGUGGGGACGUGAGGGUAUCCUCUGGUGCUAAUUUUAUAGACUAGACGCACAGAUCUGGUUUAAGAGGUAAUUUCGCUUUCUCUGUGCAUGAGAUGGACACACCCAUAAUCUAAAGUAAUAUCAGACGUAACAUUAACGUUUUAAGAACUAGUCACUGAAAUGCCUUGGAAAUAAAGUUUGAACUAUAUAAUCUGA